AUGGAGGCGCCGGGCGGGGGGCGCGGUCCCGCCGACAGCGCCCUGACGGCGACGGUGGCCGACGUGCACUGCCCGGGCCCCGCGCCACUGCGCCUGCUGGAGUGGAAGGUGACGGCGGGCGCGGCCGUGCGCAUCGGCUCGGUGCUGGCCGUGUGCGCGCCCGAGCCCCCCGUCUCGGCUCCCGGCCCCCCGCCCGCCGGGCCACCCCGCGCCGCACCGGUGGCCGGGGGCUGCGGGCGCGCGGCGCGGGGGGCCGAGCGCAGGCUCAGAUCGGAGCGCGCCGGUGUGGUGCGGGAGCUGUGCGCGCAGCCCGGCCAGGUGGUGGCCCCCGGAGCCAUCCUGCUGAGACUGGAGGGAUGCAGCCACCCUGUUGUCAUGAAAGGGCUGUGUGCCGAGUGUGGCCAGGACUUAACCCAGCUACAGAGCAAGAAUGGGCGGCAGCGGGCACCACUCUCCACGGCCACUGUGUCCAUGGUGCACAGCGUGCCCGAGCUGAUGGUGAGCUCUGAGCAAGCUGAACAAUUAGGACGGGAAGAUCAGCAGCGACUACACCGGAACAGGAAGCUGGUGCUCAUGGUUGACUUGGACCAGACCUUGAUCCACACAACGGAGCAGCACUGCCAACAGAUGUCAAACAAGGGCAUAUUCCAUUUCCAGCUGGGCCGGGGCGAACCGAUGCUGCACACACGCCUGCGUCCGCACUGCAAGGAGUUCCUGGAGAAGGUUGCCAAGCUGUACGAGCUACACGUCUUCACCUUCGGCAGCCGGUUAUAUGCACACACUAUCGCAGGCUUUUUAGACCCUGAGAAGAAGCUUUUUUCUCACCGAAUAUUAUCGCGGGAUGAAUGCAUUGACCCCUUUUCUAAAACGGGGAACCUCAGAAAUCUCUUUCCCUGUGGAGACUCCAUGGUUUGCAUUAUUGAUGACCGAGAAGAUGUCUGGAAGUUUGCCCCCAAUCUGAUAACCGUGAAGAAAUAUGUCUACUUCCAGGGCACAGGCGAUAUCAAUGCUCCUUCUGGGUCCCGGGACACACAGAUGAGAAAGAAGGUAAAUCAUUCUUCUAAAGGUGCCGAUGCCUCAGAGCACAUGCUGUCUGGGAAGGACGCUGAGGAAGGAAAGCCUGCUUCUGGGGCAGAGCAGAGCAAUGGCCUUGGGAAGCCCCCCAUGGAGCUGAACGGCAGCAAGGUGGGGACGGGGGACCCUUCCAGUGGGGACACGCCUGCCCAUGAGAAAGCAGACGAGGGUGACAGCAGUGAGCCAGUCAGUGGGAAGGAGCCCCUGGUGUCUACGGAACAGGGUGGCCGAGCAUCACCAGAGCAGCAGUCUGCUCAUGGCACCCCAGGGAACGAACUGGAUUUUGACUUGUCUAGUGACAGCGAGAGCAACAGUGAGCUGGACGGCCGCAGGUCCUCCUCCUCCUCUGCCUCCAACAGCGACAACGAGGGGAAGAGAGGGCGCAGGAAGUCUAGGGUUGCACGGGAGGGUGCAAGCACCCACCCUGGAGCAGAGAAGCCCACAGGGGUGGCCCCCUCUGGCACCUGCGGACCCAGUGUCCGCCCACAGGACAAAGGCCCUGACCUCGAGGCACCAGAGGAGGGUGAGCAGAGCAGCCUCUGUGACCUGGGGAAUGGCUGCGCUGACCGGAAGGAGGCUGAGACCGAGUCCCAGAACAGUGAGCAGUCAGGCAUCACCGUGGGCGAGUCCCUGGACCAGAGCAUGGAGGAGGAGGAAGAGGAGGACACUGAUGAUGAUGACCACCUGGUCCACCUCGAGGAGAUCCUUGUCCGAGUGCACACUGACUACUAUGCUAAGUACGACAGGUACCUCAACAAGGAGACAGAGGAGGCCCCAGACAUACGGAAAAUCGUCCCAGAGCUGAAGAGCAAAGUGCUAGCUGACGUUGCCAUCAUCUUCAGUGGCCUGCACCCUACCAACUUCCCCGUGGAGAAGACCCGGGAGCACUACCAUGCCACAGCCCUUGGGGCCAGGAUCCUCACCAACCUCGUGCUGAGUCCUGAUGACCCCAACAGAGCCACCCACCUGAUUGCGGCGAGGGCGGGCACUGAGAAGGUGCGCCAGGCCCAGGAGUGUAGGCACCUGCACGUGGUCAACCCCGACUGGCUGUGGAGCUGCCUGGAGCGGUGGGACAAGGUAGAGGAGCAGCUCUUCCCCCUCAGGGACGACUACACCAGGAUGCAAAGGGAGACCAGCCCUGCGGCCUUUGCCGACAGGCAGAGUGCCUUCCAAACGGCCUUGUUCCAUCCCACACCCGUCCACCCCAGGAGUCCACCCAGCCCUGAGGCCCGCAUCUACGACGCCAGCACCGGGAAGCUCAUCAGGAAGGGCGCACAGCGCACGGUGCCACCCCCGUACGCACAGGCCCCUGCACCGCCUGCCUCGCUGUCGGCCCAUGGAGAGCACUCCUCCUUCAGGUGCAGGUGCACACACUUGAGGUUGCCCAGAGCAGCCCAGGGUGCAGCUUUCGUGACAGACCACACGUGGGCCCUGGACCUCGGUGGGAAAAGGCGAGCAGCUGAAGGUGGUGCAGAGUGACAUUGGGGUCUACAGGGAUGGCCCCACUUCCUUUGAUGCCCCUGCCCCACCCUACUCAAGUCCUUCCCAGCAGGAUGGAGAGAAGUGGUCUGCAGUGAGAGCCAAGUAGCCCUUCCGCCCCAGCCUCACACACACCGAGUCUUGGGGAGGUGGCGGCAGGGGGUUGUGACAGGAGGAAAAGACAAGCUCGGGGACGAGAGAGCAUAUGGAGCGGAGCACCAUGCCAACGGAGAGCGGACGAGCUCGCUGUGCUCCACAUGGACCUUAGGUCAGCCCCCAGGCUGAGGUGGAGAGUUACGCAGACUCCCCAGGAAACAGCCUUAGAAUGUGCUUUGAGGUUUAAAUGAGGGCUCUCCAGAUGUUCUGUUUACUUUGGAAGGGGAGGUUGCUUUUGAAUUACUACGCUGAACAAUUGUGGGUCAGUCAUUGCCCUCCUUUCCUGGAAAGACCAGGCUCUUCCCUAGGGGAGCCACCCUCCUGCUCUUGUGCAGCCUAGAACUCAGGGUGACCGAUGCUGCCCUUGGCCCUGAGAGCAGGCCUGGCUGGCCUUCACCGAACAGUGUCAUCCCACUGGAGUAAAUGUAGGGAUGGGCAGCAGCUCAGACUCAGAUGCAUGCAGGGUCACACUCCUCUCUCUCACGUGCUCAAAACAGACAGAUGCCGACAGGUGCUGGUUCAGGUGGAGACACGCCACAAGGGUCAGGAGCAUCUCCCUUGGAAAGGGCAACGCCCAAAGAGGCAGAGGGGUGCUGUGGAGAGAGGCCCAAGGCCUCCAGCACCUGCCCCAUGAAGCCUUAUCCCAUACAGCCCCCACGCCAAGCGGCCCUCGUCUCAUGAGGCCCCCAGACAAGACAUCAGUGCCUUGUGUGCCAUCUGCGUGGGGUUUUCGGCUGCCUGUUAUUUGGAUCCUGAAAGAAUCGUCCCUCAUUGAGUUCGCAUUUUCUUCCACUAAUAUAUUUACUCGUUUAAAUAGAUUAUGUCCUCCAAAGGGUUUUUAGAUUUGGUAGUAGUGUGGGAGCAUUUCCUCAUUUGUGUCUUCUCUUUCUCUUCCUUAGACAUUAGCUCGAACGGAAGAAGCAUUUUAUUUACCUCUUCUCUCCACAUUUCCACCUGACUUUGUUUUUUCACACACUGCUGCCGGGUUUUGCUCAUUUCGUUCUGUUUGGAAACUACCAUUCUUUACUCUCAAGUGCUUUCGUUAGAGUUCUUUAGCAUUUGUAAAAAGGUAUCUUUAUUAUUUCUUUAAGGUAUCACUUUCUUAGUAGAAUGAAACAGUGUUUAUAGCUCAACACUCGUUUAUUGGUUGCUUAAGUUCUAGGGCCUAAGGUCACAAUAGUCUGUGAGGCCAGGGCUGGAGAAGACUUUGAGAUAGUCAACACGCAGGCAACCGGAGCAGCCAGAGAUGUAACUCCCUGGUGCUUACAGUGUUGGCAGUUGAAAUAAAUUGAACUUGAAUUAUAGACAAUGUGUUUGUUUUGUUUAAUUUUUAAAUUACAUAAGUAUUGUAACAAAUAAUGCAGAGUGUAUAAAAAUGAAUCACUCAGUCUCCCCACCCCUCCGUAGCAUGCCUCCUUAGUGUGGUGCGCUGUGUAUACUGCUUUUCCCCUUUCGGUAGCUUCACACAGACACAGACAUGUAGGUACUGCUCACACUGACAGAGUGCAACCGCCCUCUACACACAGCUACAACUACUUCCCAGUGAAUGACUAGCUGCACGACGCCCGUAACAUGAACGCACGAUGAGUCGUCCAGCCCAGGUCCGGUUGCUGUGCUUUGGCUUUAUUUUUCAUCCUGUUUUUGAACAUACAGAAUGUUAGGUGUUAUUCUUCAUAGUUAACACCAGUGGCUCGGGCAUCUAUAAAUAAUGUUCGUCAAAUUAGGUUCAGCCCUGGUGGUGUGAUGGUUAAGAGUUGGCUGCCAUCCAAAAGGUCAGCAGUUCAAAUCCAUCAGCCACUUCUUGGAAACAGUAUGGGGCAGUUCUACUCUGUCCUGUAGCGUCGGUAUGAGUCGGAAUUGACUAGACGGCAACGGACAGUCUGUUGUCACAGUGGAUUUAUUCUGUAUUCCUUCUUUUUUUUUUUUCGAAUUCUUUGGUGAUCAAAUAUUAUUUCAGGUAAAUUCUACAUAUUUUUUAAAGUGUAGCCUUGUCUUAGGACACAUAGAUAGAAUGGAUAUUUGGGCAUUUUCUAUUGCCAGAGCUAUUGCUAAAUGAAUUGCUGAGUAAUUAAAAGUUCAUCUGAAGCAUGUAGGGAAGUCUGUUUCCAUAUUUGUGGAGGGUGUGAAAUCAAAAAAAAAGAGAAAAAAAGUUUUUCAAUAGUUUAUAAUAACUCCAGCUCUUAGGAAAGAUUUGGGUUUUGGAUUAGAGCACUGUAUUUAAUUAACUGUCCCAAAGAAUUCCAGAGGUAGAUGGAUUUUUUUAAAUCUAGGCUUAUCAUUCCCUUUCUUAAAUGCAGAUAGAUUUUAAAAUAGGCUCUCUGUAUUUUUUGUUUAUUACUUUAUAGCAUCUGUGCUGAAGUGUUUUUCAAUCAGAUCCUUCUCACUUCUAAUGUAUUCUAGGUUAGAAAGUAAUUGGGGUGUCUGCAGUGGAGCACCAGGUUCUCAGACCACAUGGAGAACACCGCCAUGCUGUGAGGGGCCACAUGGUACUGUAGGCAAGCCACCCUGAUUUUGCACAGAAGUGGCUGGGCCUAGUGCUCGACCACAUAGAUAGACGAGGGCGCGUGUCCUCUACACGGCCCCCUACAGCAGCUGCAGCACCCGUGGAACCGGCACACCUGCCCUGUGUGGACACGCCCAGUGCCAUGCUCUCACUACUCCUGCCUCUUAGGGAACUCGGUGCUGGCAUGCUUUUUGCUGUUGGUAGUCAGUAAUUGCUGAGUUAAAUUGUAAAAUGCAAAGUUUUUCGUUUGUUAUUGAAAUUGGGAUGUCUUAUAGCUAGAAACCCUGGUGGCGUAGUGGUUAAGAGCUAUGGCUGCUAACCAAAAGGUUGGCAGUUCGAAUCCAUCAGGUGCUCCUUGGGAACUCUAUGGGGCAGUUCUACUCUGUCCUGUAGGACUGCUAUGAGUUGGGAUCGACUCGCUGGCAAUGGACUUGGUUUGGGUUUGGGUAUAGUUGAAGUAUACAUAUAUAACAUGGUAGUGUUAAUUUAAUAACAGCUUUUCAAGAAAAAAGAUCCUUGAUUAAAAGCAAAUAAUAUAAUUAAGAAAAGGCUCACCAACCAAGUGGGUACUCAAGACAGAAAAAUUACAUUUUUGUGUUUCAUAAGGUGAAAAGGUGGGCCUUGGAGACAGGAGUGGUGUUAGUAGAAGAUUGUAAAGAAACUUCUUUUUUAAAAGCUCUGUAUUAAAGACUAUUAAAACAUACAGAGUUAGAACUGUAUGGUACUGGCUCAAAAAUAGAACAACAUACCAAUGUAAGAAGUCAUAUAGACCUACAAGAGUCCUCGUGUUUAUUUGUCCUAUAUACUUGAUGAAGCACAUAAGCCAGGGAGAUGGGAUAGAAAAAGCUAAGGAGCUUUAGCCCUGCCGAGAUGGGAAGGGUGGGGAAGCUUGGCAAACACCCCAGGCCUUCAGCUGGGAUCUUGGAAGGACCAUGCCCUAGUAGUAAGGCAAAACUGAAGUAGAUAAGCGCUAACAAAACCACAGUCACAAACUUUAACAGGACUAAAAUGACCACUUGGUAUUCCAUCUGCCCAAAGAAAAACAACCUUUGGAGUCUUCAUAAUGUUUUAUGUACAAUGUAUAAUAUCCAGUCAGAAAUUACGAGACAUGCUAAAAAGCAGUACCAGUUGGCCAGGAACCAAGAGAAACAAUAGAUGAUAGAAACAGACAAAUAUCGUCUUUUUGGAGUUUAAAAUAAUUAUGUCUUUUAUGUUGAAUAAAAUAGGAGAAAGGAGUAAAAUGAGUGAAAUGAUGGAGAAUUUCAACAGAAAUUGCAAUCUGUAAAAAAUAAGUGAACAUCCUAAAACUGAAAAGAUGAUCUCUAAAAUUAACUGGAAGAUAGCUCAAUAGAAUAUAACCAAACUAACAGUGUCCAGAAAAAAGAGAGUGGGGAAAGCAGAACACCGGAGCUCGUGGGACACAACCUGGAGGUCCAGCACCCAAAUCGUUAGACUCCCAGGAAGAAGAAGGUGGAUAGAGAUAAAGGCUGAGAAACAAACCCACAGAUUCCAGGAGCUUAGUGAGCCACGGCUGGAUAAAUGGGAGAAAACCAGACAUAAACACAUCAUAGUUAAGCUUUUUAAAAGGCAAAGGGAAAAUCUGAAAAGCAACCAGAAAAACAAAAGUGCCUCACCUUCGAAGAAGCAACAGUAAGUCUGAGGGGCCAAUUUUUCAACAGAUUACAAGUACCACAGAACAAUGGAGGGAUAAAAAAAAAACCUACUAACCCAAAAUUCUACACCCAGUGAAAAAAACUUCAAAAAUGAGGACAAGGUAAAUAACUUUUCAGACAAACAAAAUCUGAGCAAAUGUGUGGUCCCUUGACCUGCAACAAGCACUACUACAAGGAAUUCUUCUAGCUGAAGGAAAAUGCUGCCAGACAUGCAGAAAGAAACAGAGAACACCAGAAAGAGUCGACACGUGUCAGUGAACACUGGCUAUUAAGACAGCUGCAGUGGUGUGUGCAGUAUUGUCCACGGUAGGGUCACCUCGAGUGCCUGGCUGGGGUGGUGCUGUCUGAUAAAGCGUGGAAAGUUCAUAUGAUGGCAUGCCGUGCAGUGAUGAGAAAGCUCUGUGUAUAGAAGAACUGGAGGACAUCUGUGACGUGUUGCUGGCUGACGGACACAGCUGUGAGGUAGCAUGUGUAAUGUGAUGCCAUAUGCAAACUUGUAUGGACAAGAGGAGAAGACAUAAAGAGGGUGUACGUCAAACCGUCAGGGUUAGUCACCCUGCUCAGGGGGGAAGGGCUCGCCGUGGAUUAUUAAAUUGUCUCUUGCGCUCUGAAUUGUGUGACUUGAUACAGUGAGCUUUUGAAAACUGUAAAGCUUCUUUAAGCAGUAGAAAAUAUUCCAUAAAAAAUGCCAAUUUUACCCAUUUAAUAUAUAGCAAAAAAAACAAAGAGUCCGAUUAUAUUUUUGAAUGCCACAAAUACAGCAGGGCUAAUAACCUUAAUAUGUAAUAAGACCAAAUAAGUAAAUAAGAAAAACCAUGUAUUUAGUACUACUAAGGCUGUGGAGAUGAGAUUAAUAAAAAUGAAUAGAUAGCAAGCCAUAUAAGCCUGUGUAAUUAAAUGCUCAGUUGUUUGGAACCUGUGCAUGUCCCGGAGGAAUUCAGAUAAGAGAGGGCAGCGAUGGCCAGGAAGUCAGGGAAGCUGUGAGAAAGAGGCAGAUUUGAGCUGAGCCUGGAAGGUCAGGAACAGCUCAGAGAGGGGAAGAGGAUGGCUCUGAGAAGAGGCUGUGCUGGUCCAGCCUCAGGAGGUGGUGGUGUUGAUCGGUGGGCCCACACUGCAGUGGUCCAAACCCUGAGUGGUGGGCGUGUGCUGGGACGGUGGGAGGAGGUGGUAUUGAAUGAUGAGCUGUAUCGCAGGGGCCCCAGAAGCCAUCAGAGGCCCUUACCUGAGAUAGAUUUAGUAUGUGUGUUGGCAGCUGACCUACUGACGUGGCUGUUCGGUGGAAAGAGGCCUCACAGGUUUUGCGGUUGUGCUGUACUUCUUGAGAUCAACUUCAGUUCUGUCAUUUUGUAAAGUAACUGCGUAGUCACUGCCAUAAAGUUGAUAGUGCCUGUUCUUCCUCAAAUCAGUGCUCACAACUGGGGUCAGUUAAGCCCUCCCCCACCCCAUAUUUGGCCAUGUCUGCAGACAUUUUUGGCCAUAGCUGGGAAGGGGUCGGUGCUAGGCUCGGUUGCCGCUCCUCAUCCUGCGGUGUGAGCCCCCAGCCCCAGCAAAGCUGCACGGCCCAGACGUCUGUGGUGCAGAUGUAGGGCCACCUGCUCCACAGUCAGUACAAAGUAAGGACGAGUCAUGGAUCAUGUUUUUUACAUCUUAAAUAGCUCUUGUUUCUUUUUCAAAAUACUCAUCAAAUUAUGGUACGCUAACUUUUUAUUAAAAAGAAAAAUGUCCUUGUAUAAUUAAAUCAUAAAACUAUGAAUGGUGGUGAUUAACAUUUUUAAUUCAUAGGGUUCUUAGUUUUAUUUAGGUAUGCCAUUUUAAAAGGAUUUUCCUGUAGAUAUGGUUAGAAUGGUAGUAUUACCAAAGUGACAUGAUUUAGAGCAGUGAUUCUCAAAUGUUCUUGCCCCGGGACCCCUUUGUACUCUUAAAAAUUAGGGUUAUGUCUGCCCAUAUUUACCACAUUAAAUUCAACAGAUUUUUUUUUUUUUUUUAGCCUAAACGUCCAUCAAAAGUUGGCGAUAUAUAUUUAUUAUGGUACAUCAAUACAAUGGCUUACAACUAUUGCAAUUACAUAUAUAGUCCCUGGAUAAUACAAAUGGUUAAUGUGCUUGGCUGCUAACCAAAAGCAGAGGGGUUCGAGUCCACCUAGAUGCAGCUGGGAAGAAAAGCCUGGAAAUCUACUUCUGAAAAACCAGCAACUGAAAACCCUAUGGAGCAUAGUUCUACUCUGACACAAAUGCAGUCGCCAUGAGUCAGAACUGACUCUAUCGCAACCGGUUUUAUAAAUAAAUAAAUAAAUGCAUCAGCAGAUAUUUUUAAAAUAUUCGUGUAUUUAAAAGUAACCGUAAAAGCCAUUGCAUGUUAACACAAAUAGCAUUUCUUAACGAGUUCUGUUUUCCAAAUGAAAAGAGAUGUUACAGGGGCAUCCCUGUAGUGCCCGACGUGGCUGAGGACAGUGUGUUUGGCUGCUCUGCUGUCAGUCUGCCGGGAGGUGGUGUUCUUGUGGGAACGUGCAAGGGGCAGGGAGGGUCUAUGGGACACCUUGAUUUUGGCCCCUCCGUCUAGCGUCUUACCCAGUUGAGGAGAGGCACGUAUGCAUGUGGGGUGCGGCCCACCCAGAGCAGCCUCCUCGCAUGGACGCUGAGCGUGUGUCCCAGGUCUCUGUGCAUCCUGUCCACUCAGUGCCCAGAGCAAGGGGCUCCUCUGUCUCUAGGGCCCCACACCACAGGGUAUUGUCAGCAGCCCCUGCACACUGAAGGUCAGUGUUCUCCUGACCAGCGUUUGUGGGGACAUAGACUUGUUCUGGCAUUUCUGAAGGGACACUGUAACAUAUUUGUUUUUAGGAAGAAGGACUUUUUUGCCUUUAAAGUUUUUGUCCUUUGUGAACAAAUGAUUUUAAUUUCAACCCACUGAAGUCUGUUUCUUAAAUUUACCAACAAAUUUUUUGUGCCUGUAGCCCAAGUAACUCACAUUUCUUAAGUGCUAUUGAUAGGUAAUAAAUGAUUCUUUUUUAAAUCUUAUGGCUGCCUUGGCACCACCUCGAGGAUAACUAGCACUUCCUGCCAGUUGCUGGGAAGUUGUUCAUCACCGUUCUUCCACAUGCCCCUUGUUCUGACUCUUGUGGAGCCAGUGGGCGCUGCCUGCGGCCACAUGGUCUUGUCACUUUUGUUGAUAAAAGAAGGUAGGUGACAGCUUCCCACAGACAUGAGUGUGGACAUGGCUGCCCUCACCUGGCUCAGCUCGCAGAGAUUCCAUGUUUUAAAUAAGCUCAGAUAAAGUAUAAUGAGCAGGUACUGUUGAUGAAGCUAAAAUGUUGUCUGUAUGUAUGCAUUUGUUUACCUGCCCAAGCGUCAGGGUCUGAUUCAGUGCUGAAAGGUGCAAUGCAAACCGAUUUCCUCAUGUGGGACCUAUAAAAUUCA